UCUCUGGGCAGCGUGCUAACAUUAGGCCUCCUAUCACAGGCACUCUUGCAUUAAAUCCGUUUGGUAUUAAGUCGUGCUAGAUCUAGUAAGAAUAUUGGUUGUCAGUGUGGACCAAAAUUGUUAGAUUUGGGGAUUAGGUAUAUGAAGGUAGUGGGGCGACGGAGGUUGUUAGUUUAUGAAGUUUGCUUGGAGAAAUUUGGCUAGUUAACUGAUGACGUUUGACUGAUCUACAGGAAUGAAAUUAAGGUUGCUUUAUCCAAGUGGCCUUUCACUGACAGUGAUUUUAAUGUCCAUCAGCCAAGUAAUGUCAGAUGAACUUGCACCACCACAAGAUGUUCAUGUGGAUUCAGCGCUACGUUGGAGACGAGGCAAUGAGCACCUACAUCAUGUCAAGUACACAGCUAUGUACCUUAUAUUUGUCCUCUCCCCCACACAUAGCGAGGAGUGGCAAGAAGUACCAGGCUGUGUGCAGACAGAGCUCACGUUCUGCAAUAUCUCCUCAGUUUUGAAGUUGAGUGACUGUGUGAUGCUGCGUGUCUAUGCAUUGGAUGGAUGGAGAAAGUCUGCCGCAGUCCAGGCCUACAGCUAUGACAACCCCUGCAGCCCAGUGUUUACACUAUCCCCCCGACCAGGUUCCCUGACAGUCUACAUGCGGAACAACAGCUUGUUCUACAAAUAUGCUGACAAUGCCGGGUAUUUAAUCAGCUACAGCAGAGAUGGCCAUGCACCACAGGAGACAGUCACACUGUCAUCCUUGAUAAUAGAGGAUCUGGAUGUAGAGGAGCGCUACUGUGUGGAGGUCCAGUACACUUUAUACCUACAGCCAUAUGGAUACCCAAGCCAGCCACAGUGUGUGGUCAUCCCAACAUCAGAAAAAGACAGAAGAAACAUGGUUGUUGGUCUCUCUGUACCAUUUGUAUUCCUAUCAGCUGGUGUAAUACUAUGGAUUGCAUUUGUUGUCGUCAAGAAUUAUGAGAAGAUGAAACGGUGUCUUCAGCCCCCUGUAAGGAUGCCACCACACUUAAAAGAGUUCCUAAAGAGGCCAUGUUCCCUUCCGCCCCAGACUGUUAGUCACAGAGAGGACUGCUUUGAUCAUAUCUCUAUCAUCUCCCCUCAAGAUGAUGAGUUAGAGGAGUCAAGCCUGCCUUCACAGGUCCUGCUCUCAAGUGAAAAUCUGGGAAAAGCUGCAUAAGGAGGCAGAGGACUCCAGACCGAUACCAAGCAGUCUCAUCGGAAAUCCUAACCAUAUCCUAUGCUACGCAUAAAAAACCUUCAAAUCAUCUUAAAAAAUGACUGCCUGAAAAUACUUUCGAUUAGGUCUUUUUUAGGCAUUAGGCUAAAUGUAGAAAAUAUACUUAAUUGGACCGAAGCCAUUAUGCUACAUUAUCCUAAAGAAGUGCUGCACUCCACCAAUCUUAGCUUUUUCAGAAAUUCUGGUAGAGACAUGAUGCAAUGUUGCAAAGUGACAGAAUUUCCUGUCUAACAUUGAAUACCAGUCAACAUAUAGAGCAAUGGAGAUCACACCCAUUUCUUGAUAUUUAGAAUCAAAUUUAGCAUGUUGGUGAUAUCAUUAGUGCAAAUACAAAGAUCUCUCACCAGUCACACACCAGUUUGUGUACAAAACAUAAUAAUAAUAAUAAUAAAAAUAACAUAAGCACUAAAUCCCUCUCUUGGUAGGGUUAUAAUAAAUCUAGCUUACUUUGGAACACAAUGCCAGGAAAGAGUUGUGUUGCACAUCUGGAGCGCAAAUGAAGUUCUGCAAUGUUAUUUUUGUGUAAAUUCAGCUGCAAAUGUCAGAUGAAAUCUUAUGUGCUGUGGGUAUGUUAAUUGCUCUCUAAUUAAUGUUUCACCACUGUACUUUUAUGGAGUAAGAAAGUUAAUUAUAAUUGCAUAUAUAGAACUGUAUCGCAUGUUGCUGACUUGUGGAAUUGAAACUUUCAUGGUACAGUUGAUGCAAAUGAAAACUUGUUUUCAGUUGUCAUAACUCUAAUUAUUAUUAUUUUUGUCAUAGAAAUAGCUUUUUAGCCAGACUCCAAAUUUCUAUUCACUUUUGUACCUUUAUAUGCAGUACAUUAUAUAAUAUGUAAUGACAUGUAAUGAUAAAUUAAUGUUAAGAGUGAUUUGCUAUAGUAAUUAUUGGAGUCAGGUGGCUGAGCGGUUAGGGAAUCGGGCUAGUAAUCUGAAGGUUGCCAGUUUGUGCCAAAAUGAUGUUGUGUCCUUGGGCAAGGCCCUUCACCCUACUUGCCUCGGGGGAAUGUCCCUGUACUUACUGUAAGUCGCUCUGGAUAAGAGCGUCUGCUAAAUGUAAAUGUAUUAGUAUGUAGUUCUUACUAUUAUGCGUAUCUCCCUAAAGUGCUUAAUAACUCAAUAUCUCCUGAGUAAAAAUGUUGCACAUUGAUACUACAGGCCACGAGUAACUGUCACACCCUAAAUGGCCCACACAGAUUUUACACUUGCCUUAUUUCUCAUGGGGAACAAAAAAGUCUAAAAAAGUUUUGGGUGAACCAUAGCCCUAAAUGACUUGACACUCUUGAAAUAUGUGUAGGAUACAUGUCUUCUAUUUGUUAUUUAGCAAUAAGGAAUAUAAUACUAAAUGGCUGAUUUGAGCCCUUUUUAUGUAAAAUGUCCACCUUGUCUCAAUAUCUGUGCCCAUAAAUGAAAUGCCAUCUUAACCAGUGUUUUUCAAAUGUAACAGGCUUCAAGAUUACAUGACUAUGCAGUACUGUGCAAAGUGUCACCAUGAUAUGUGAAAAGAGCACUUGGACAGUGUCCUGACAAAUGAAGAACAUUACAUGUUUGGCCAGGAUAACUGGAUCUAA